ACUCGGGUCCGAGCCCAGCACCAUGUCUGAACUGGAGAUCGCCAUAGGCAUGCUCAUCGACGUGUUUGCCCGGUAUGCGGGGGCCGACGGCAACAGGCAGAGCCUGAGCAAGGGCGAGCUGAAGGUGCUCCUGGAGAAGGAGCUCCCCGGCUUCCUGGAGAGCGGACGGGACAAGGACACCGUGGAGAAGCUGCUCAAGGACCUGGAUGCCAACGGCGACGCCACCGUGGACUUCAACGAGUUCAUCGUGUUCGUGGCCGCGCUCACGUCCGCCUGUCACAAGUUUUUCCAGCAGGAGGGAGCCAACUGACGCCCUGCGGACCAGGUGCCUGCCCGGGCACAGGGAGCGACCCCGGCCCCGGGAAGCUCUUGGCGGCGAUGAUUUAUUUCUCUGGGCUGCGGAGCGAGCUGAUGGCCACCUGAUUAAUAAAAUGCUUGUGAAAUGA